UACUAUACAUUUGAGAAAUUUGAAAAUUUGACAUUUUCUUAAAAACCUAACCUUUACUUAAGGACGCAUGCGCUUCUGAACCAUGCUUUAAUGCUAUUUUUUUUAAUGGUCGUACCGUCACAUAAUGUUGAAUGUGUGUUGAAGUAGAAAUUUUUAAUGGGAAAUAAUUCAAUCGUGUAAUCAAACUAAUACGCGAAGUUGAAUUGACGUAGUAAUUGUUCUUACAGUUUCUUAAAGUAAUGGCUGGUAUUGUUCCAUUGUCUGGUAGAUCUGGCAGAAAACAAUGGACACUACACGGUAGAAUAAUCACAAUUUUGUAAUUGAUGACAAGUAAUAUGUACGAUUGCUAGAAGAAUAUUACGAAUCACGAAAAAUAUCAAUUGUUUUGCUGUUUUAUGAAAACGCUAAGCACCUGAAGGAAAUGAAAAAUGGACCACGAGGUUCUCUUAGAAGAUUACGGUCUCAGCUGGCUGAAGAUGGCUGUCCUGAAUCUCAAGUAGUUUUAGCUAAACAACUUUUGGAAGAAAGAUGUGACCUAGAUGUUGAUAAAGAAGAAAAUGCAAAAUUAGGUGUAUAUUGGCUAACAAAAGCUUCAGAACAAGGAAACUUGGAAGCAACAGACAUUCUUAGAAAAUGCUUAGCUACUGGUCGUGGUAUUACAGAACAUAAUUAUUAUGAUGUAAAAAAUUGCCUGGAUAUGACUCAAGAUGAAAAACUAGCCAGAAGAGCAGCCAGAGAAAUGUUUACUAGUCUUUCAAAUGGUGAAGAUUUUAUCACAACAGAGCAGCUACAAAGACGUAUGAGGGAUUUAGGAUCAAAUUCAUCUAAUGCAAGUUAUUCUGGUUCCCAUAAUAUCUUGCACAGUAACUCACAAAAGGAUCUGAACGACUCUCUAAAUGAUAAGUUUCCCAAAAAUGGUCUUCCUGAAGGUUCAGUACCUAAAAAAGAUGAAGAAAAAGAAAAUGAUGUCCAUGAUUGGAUGGAUCACAGAGGAGAGAAACUCACAGAAGCAGCUCUGGUUUCUGCUGCUGCUAGUUAUGCUCGCGGUAUGCUUCCAAUUGUUUCACAUGCUCUGUGUAUGGUAGACUCAUCUCAAAUGGUAUUAGAUACUAUACCGUUACUACAAAGGCCUCUUAUGCAUCCUUUUGCAUCUCUAAAACGUCUUUAUAUUUGGUUGAUAGAAACGUUAGGUCAAAGAGGAAUGUCGAUUAAAAAAAUUCUUUUUACAUCGAAUGUACAUAUAUUGUUGUUACUUUUACUAUAUUCGUUGUUUGGCACAGAAAGCCUCAUACUUUUUAUACCAAUGGCUCUAUACUAUUUAUCUUUCGUAGUGAUGGUUAUCGCUACUUUUCAAAUGUUACAACGAAAACGCGAAUUUAAUAAUUUCCGCGUUUGGUCUGGUUUGUUUCUCAGUUACUCCGGUGGUAAUUUAAAUCCUGAAGAAGCAGAAUACCAAUUUUGUUGCAAUAAUCUGAAACCCUAUGGUCAUUUCUUCCUUGCUUUACUUUUAAAUUUAAUGACCUAUCCCAUCAUAGCGCAUCAGUGGACACCACAGUCAGAAUUUACCAUCAUAGCGGUCGCGUUAACGUUAGUGACGCUGUUGAAUUUCGUGUGGAAAGAUUCAUCUAAGGUACCAGAUCUUUUAGCUCUGUUUAGUUUCGGUGUUCAUGUUCUUGCAAAAUAUCCAUACGAAACCGAUAUCGUAGUCGCACAGGGCUGGAGAUUCUUAGACAUAAGAGUACCAACGUUUGCUUCUUACGUCGUCGGUAAUGGUAUUGAAUUUUGUUUAAAUUUUCGUGCCGUGUUCUAUCUUUUAAUUCCAGCGGUGUUUGCAAAAAUGGCUGCUAGGGAUAAUUGGCGAGGAACUUAUCAAACGUUAAUACCUCAUUGCGUUAGUUUAAGUUGGUGGCAAAUAGCGAUAUUUAGUUCUCAAGGUGCAACAUGGUAUGGCUUAAUUAGAGGUGCUCUCGCUUUAGUCGGUAUGGUACUCUUUUUGCCACUCGCUGGUUUGGCGUCUGUUAUUUUACCAAUUGUUGCUGCUGCCAAGUAUUUAUCGGAAAGCGAUUUAGCAAUGAGGAUAGCUGUGACCGCUUUAUUGGGAGGAAUGCCAUUUCUUGCCUCGUGGUAUGUAAAGAAAACUCGAGCUCCAAAAUUCAAUUGGAUCAUCACUGUUGUCCAGUUAUUCAUGGGUGUCGGCGCUGGUAUGUUUUUAUCCUGGCCAUUGAUAAUGGAGUAUAAACAAGAAUCUGAUGCCUAUGAAGUUAUUUCUACCCUUUCAUGGGAACAGUAUCAGAACCAUUGUCAUCAACCUGCAUGGGAAGAAUUAUCAUCCAAGGCCCAGGUGCAAAUUCAGUGUGCGGAUUUAGAAGGAAUAUUUAUCUCAUGGGAAGGUUACGUAACGAAUAUUAAAUUAAAAUCGAUAAAAAAUAAUAUUGCAGUGAUAUUUGAUAAACUACCUGAGAACGUUAGAAACACAGUCAGUUGUACGUACGGCGAGCCGUAUUUAAACUCUUGCGAAUCGAGCGAUCAGGUACGACAGGAAAAUUGUAAACAGUUUGCGCGGAUUCAGAAACGGAAAAAUAAAUGUCAUUUCCCCGCGUGGAAUCGGUAUGAAUUUGAAAUUACGGUGAAAAUGAAAAGCGGUAUGUGGGGCAACAAUGCGGAGAUUCUCUUAAUAGCGGAUCAUUCUUUUACCAAUUUUAGUUUGAACAUAUAUCCAGGCGAUAAGAUUUGGUUUUCUGGUACACUGUUAAACAGUGGGUUAGAAGAAGAGUCUUUACUCGGUGGUUCAGAACCUCACAUUGGAUUAGAGGAAAUUGGUUGCCUCGCUUGUCAUUCUACCCAUUUAAAAUCUCAGAAACGCUAUAAUUAUCAUAUAACGUUCAGUUCGACGUUAAGUGAUCUUUAUUUAGGCGUGAAAACUGUUUUAAAUUUUCUGUUCAAUCCUAUCGUGAUGUUCAAAUAAUCAUGUUCUACUAGAUCCACUGUGCUCUAUCGCAGCGUUAUUUUGUAUCCAUUAUGAUAAACUCAUUUCCAACGAGAUAAAACUCGAUAAUAAUCUUGAUUCUUGUUUCAAGGUUUUCUAAACUUUUUCAAAUGUACUUAUUGAAAGAUACCAAUAAGAAUUUAUAAAAAAAGAGAAUUAAUGUAACAAGAAACAAAAUUAGAACAAAGUAUGCCAAGAAGAAAGAAUGAAUGAACAGUUUUGUAGAUUUUAGAUAUCAGUAUUUUCUGCAAUGAGAAGGCAUUUAGUUGUUUCUUUUUUUUUUUUUUUUA